AUGGCCGGCGUCCACAAAAUGGAUGCUGGGAAUGACAUUGAAGAUGCUUUUAAGCUCAACGAUCUCUGGCAGUCUUCGAGCUUUACGCUUGAAUCACUUCCGCCCCUCGAACCGAUCCAUCUGCAGUUAGCCAACCCAGAUUCACCAAAAGGCAUUUUCGAUACAUCGAUCCACCAAUUCGAUCAAAAUAAAUCUUUACUUUACGAGAUCAACGUUUACGGCACGGACAAUACUGAAAAUACGUCGACCAAGCUUUCGAACGAUGUAGCUGAGGUUACAAUUAACGACGGCAAGACGGAUUCGGAGCCUUCGCUUGAGGAUGAAGAGAGCCCAUGGACAAUAGACUCGAUAUUAGAUGCUCUCAACGAAACGCCGAGAGAUGGACCUAAAUUAGAGUCCUGGGACGGAUUUUUGGACCGCCAUUAUGAAGAGCCUGCGUCCGCCUAUCUAAGUGAAUUUGGUAACAGAGGAUUCGAUGCUGCGUUAUCGCACAGAGCUACCGUGAGUGGGCUGGAGAAUUCGGGCCGCAUAAUACAUUCUUCGGUAUUUUUGGACUCGUUCAUUCGUCUCGGGCUUGGAUGGAAUUCAGUGCUCUUCCAGUAUAACGAGCAGAAGAAGUUAUUCGAAAAGAGUCUGCGUGAUAUACGUAUAACUGGAGUCAGCCUGACAGCUCUGGAUGGCAUGAUUAGCGAUAUUUCGCGUUGCGGCACCAACGUGCAAAAGAUACGGAGAUUCAUCCGAGUAAAUUCUUCGGUGCCUGAACAACCAGCUGCACUCUCUAGCUUAGCUAGUGCGGCUUCUGUAUUGCUCUACAGUCUUGAAAAGCAGCUUUCGGGACAUCUACGAGUCAACGUUUCCUUAAUACAGGUCUACAACCUCUUUCAAAAGUGUGGCGACCUAGUUGGCACUCUGGCAGAAAUUAUUACCGCAGCAGAAAGAGCCAGGAGCGAAAGCGAGGUUAUAUCUGUACUCAUAUCAAAGUGCGAAGAUCAUGAACAACGGGUACCUUGGUUGGCAAACACUCUACAUGAGAUAAUUCAUCGAUGCACAAAACCGUGGUUAAGUUUGGUUGAGUCAUGGAUUGGACUCAAGAGCGAAAAGACUCUCUUUGCCGAGGGACAUUCAAUUAAAAACAGCUUUGUAGAGUUAGAAUACCCUCAAGCUCAAACAAGCACGGCCCUCAAAUCGGAAACUGUUGAGUUCAUUUACCAUCCCGAGUUCAUGCCCUCAUCUUUGCCUGCCGAGCAAGCACACUUGCUAUUCGAAACUGGAAAAGCACUUCGUUUACUCAAACGCAAUCAGCCAGAUCAUCCCAUAUCAAGACUCGAUGUCGUUGAGGCUUCACAAGCCCCCAGUCUUACAUGUGCAUUCUCCUGGGGGCAUAUUGAGCAGAUACAAAGAAGGGCCAUAGAGUAUGAAACUCGGCUUCGCCGGGAGAUUGCCAGAUACAAUAGUGGCGAUACUGCAAGAUCUCGACCUGGGACACAGCAUGGUUAUGUGGAGCAUGACAAGAAAGGAUUGUAUGAAAAUGAUGCUACCGAGAAUUUCGACCUUAUCAAUCUCGACAACGGAAAACAUGUCACUGGGCUCCUGGCAGAUAAUUCAUACAUGGAAUCUGAUAAGCUGUAUCAAGAUACCGAAGAAAGGGAGUUCUUCAGCCCCCAGUCCCUUGUACACCAUGACACAGCCUUUGGACCACCUCUAGGCUCGGUUUUAUACCUUUCGCUCGGUCCAACUCUAGCAGUGCAGGCAAAACUUGUUGACUUCUCCUGCCUUCAUUUGCUUUUCAAAAAACACAAGCUGCGCUAUCACCUAAUGCUACAAUGGCGAUUCCACCUUCUGAGCGACGGCGCCUUUGCUUCGCGCUUGUCACAAUCGCUGUUUGAUCCGGAGAUGACAAGCGGCGAGCGAAAAUCAGGUGUAGCCCGAGGUGGGUUCCAUACAGGAUUACGCCUAGGAAAUCGGGACACAUGGCCUCCAGCGAGCUCCGAGCUACGAUUAGUCCUCAUGGGGCUCCUUAGUGAAUGUUACGAUGCCACCGAGAAUGACCCUGCCUUGUCCACGCAGCCAGAGACAGCAAACACAAAGGGGAAGGAGGUGUCUGGUAACCUAAGUUUUGGAAUCCGUGACCUUACUGGGAAUGAGUUGAUCAAAUGCAAGGACCCCAAUUCCAUCCAGGCGCUAGAUUUCCUCCGUUUGCAGUACAAGCCUUCAACUACCAUAGAAAGCGUUAUCACGUCGCAAUCGCUUCAGAAAUACGACAUGCUAUUCAAAUACCUACUACGACUCUUACGCAUGGUUUCUGUUGUGAACAGUCUUGUGCGCGAUUCUACCGCUCGCGGGUCACUGUCAGGAGACACGCAUAACAUCUUCCAGCAAUUCCGCAUUGAGUCUCAUCAUUUCAUAACGGCUCUAAAUGACUACGUCUUCCAAGUAGCCAUCGGCGCGAAUUGGCAACGCUUCGAAGCCACACUCUCCGAAAUCGAGUCCUCUAUAGACAACGGCGAUGUUGACGGGACCAUUGAGAUUGCCGGAUCUCUGCAUCGGUUACGUAAAUAUCACGAAGACGUUCUCAAUCAAAUAUUGUUUUCGCUUUUCUUGGAGCCACAAGAUCGACCACGACAACGACGACGUGGCCUUGAGCAAGUAAAUAGGCUUUUAGAAGACGUAUUUGGUACCAUCCUGGCUUUUAUGCCUUUGUCUGGACUUGAUGGGGCCAGUGGUAUUCGCAAUGAGAACGAAAAGACUGUCUAUCGACUCCAUGUCACGUUUAGAAAGCAGGUGGGUACCUUUGUUCGCUUUCUGAGGAGCUUGGAUGAUAAAAGGGCCUUGUCCAAGUCUAGAGUUAAUCAGCUUGGUGGGAGCGGGACUAUGUCUGCAAAAGGUACAUCAAGUAUAUUUGAGUACCUUCUUGUGCGAUUGGACAUGAAGCAAUAUUAUUAA